AUGAGUGCAGCACGCAAAUUGGGGCCUAUUGACCAAGAUGCCGUCUACCGAUAUAAACGCAUUAGAUCUUGUGAUCAGGUGGAGAAUCCGUUAGUCAAGUAUGUCUUGAAUCAGCAUAUCGCCAUCGUUCCUGAAUUCGCCCUUGAAUGCGGUGCGACACUUUUCAAUGUUCCCGUCGCCUACCAAACGUACGGAACAUUGGCACCCGACCGAAACAAUGCUGUCCUCGUCUGUCAUGCUUUCACGGGAAGUGCCGAUUUAGCAUCCUGGUGGAAUCCGCUCUUAGAAAGCGAGGGCGGCGUAGCGCUUGACACAAGCCGGUUUUGUGUCAUCUGUAUCAAUUGCUUGGGGAGCCCAUACGGCUCAGCAAGUCCGGUGACUGCAGUCGAUGGUGACCCCAAAAAAGGUUGCUACGGGCCGGAUUUUCCAAUGACGACGAUAAGGGAUGAUGUCAAGCUGUUCAAAUUGUUGCUAGACGACCUUGGAGUCAGACAAAUUGCCGCUGUUGUCGGUGGAAGUAUGGGUGGCAUGCAUGCUCUAGAAUUUGCUUACUUUGGAAAGAGAUACGUACGCACAAUCGUCUCGAUUGCAUCGUGUGCGCACUCGUCAGGUUGGUGCUUAGGAUGGAACGAGGCACAAAGACAAAGCAUUUUCUCGGACUCGAAGUACGACAGUGGAUACUAUGACUUUGACGACCCUCCAGUAUGCGGGCUUGGGGCAGCACGGAUGAGCGCAUUGUUAACAUACCGCUCCUGGAGUAGCUUCGAAGAUCGAUUCGGCAGACGAAAGAACAAUGGCAGGCAUGCGAAUGGUAAUAUCGACCACAAGCAGCGCGUACAGCAUAUAAAUCAUCUUCGCACUCUGCGAUCAGAUCAGAUUGUAUCACGUACCCCAGUCCAUCGGAAUGGAAACCAUCAGAGUCGAGAACACGAGGCGAGCGAAAGCACCAAAUCGGACACAAUAUAUGCAGCGCAAUCUUAUCUACGUCACCAAGGCGGAAAAUUCGUAAAGCGCUUCGAUGCAAACUGCUACAUUGCCAUUACGCGCAAAAUUGACACCCAUGAUGUCGCACGCAAUCGCACCAGCACAACUAAAGAGGCAUUGGAAAUGAUCCAGCAACCGACAUUGAUUCUUGGAAUUCCCAAUGACGGCCUGUUUACGUACCGAGAACAGUGCGAAUUAUCGGCUGCAAUCCCGAAAGCCCAGCUCAAGACGAUCAGCAGCAAUGAAGGCCACGACGGCUUCUUGCUGGAGCAUCAACAGAUCAACAAGUUCCUGAACGAAUUCUUCGAACGCGAACUAGGGGAAAUUGCCUCCCUUCCAUUGCGAGAGCCGUUUACGCUACCAGCUAGGACGUAG